AUGAAUUACCAGACCCUCAGCAUGGCAGGCGAUGCCUCCUCACCGCGCCAGCGCGUCGCGGACCGGCCGCCCUCGCGUGGCCAAUUCGCCGAUCUCGACAGUAACGAGGUUGCCCCGAGCUUCACUGCCCGCGCGCUGAUUGUCGGCCUCAUCAUCGGAGCUCUGAUUACGUUCUCAAAUACCUACUUCGGCCUGCAGACAGGCUGGAUUAGUACCAUGGCCAUGCCGUCGGCCUUGAUUGGCUUCUCUGUCUUCAAAGUCCUCUCAAAGCACCUGUCCUUCCCGUUUACUCCGAUCGAGAAUGUCCUGAUUCAGACGGUGGCUGGGGCGGUAGGUACCAUGCCGCUGGGGUGCGGGUUUGUUGGUGUGAUCCCCGCUUUGGAGUUUCUGCUGAAGGACGGUGAGGACGGGCCCAACGGCGACGGCGGAGAAGGCGAGGGUGGACCGCUUCAACUGGGUUUUUGGAAACUGGUUAUUUGGAGUCUGGGGGUCUGUCUGUUCGGCGUGGUCUUUGCGGUCCCGCUGCGGAAAGAAGUUAUCGUGCGCGAGAAGCUGCGCUUUCCAAGCGGCACUGCUUCUGCAUUGAUGCUUCGAGUCCUGCACGGUGCGGGAAAAGAUGAAAAGACCCCGUUGGCGGUCCAGGAUCGCUCUGGUGGAGCGGCGGAGGUGGCUGAGGACACUCAUCCACCGCCAGAAGAGGAACAGCAAGGCUUAUUGGUGAAGGACGGUGAUACCGAAGACCAGGCAUUGCAUCAGAAAGAUUGGCGGUCGAAGAUGCGUCUGUUGAUCGGGGCCUUUGUGGUCUCCGGAGUUUACACUCUUUUUUCGUACUUUGUUCCUCUGGUUCGCGAUAUCCCCCUAUUUGGCAUAGGUCUGGCCCACAAUUGGCUAUGGACGCUCAACCCAUCGCCCGCGUAUAUCGGCCAGGGAAUUAUCAUGGGCCCAUCGACCUGCAUGCACAUGCUCUUCGGAGCAGUGCUGGGAUGGGGAAUUCUCUCGCCGUUGGCCAGGGCGCGCGGCUGGGCCCCAGGACCCGUGGAUAGUUGGGACAAUGGGAGCAAGGCUUGGAUUGUGUGGAUUUCUCUGGCGAUCAUGCUGGCAGACUCACUGGUCAGCCUCGGAUGGCUUGUCAUCAAACCGCUGGUCAGCCGGGCUCCCAAGUGGGUUGCUUUAUUCCGCUCUACGCGCGUGGGUCAAUGGAUUACAGUACGGCUGCCGUCACCAACAUCGCACCAGCAUUCCUAUAUCAAUUACUCCGCAUUGGACUCUGGUAAUCAUGAGCUUGCUCACGAGAAUCAGGACGGCAGUCAUUCGCAGGUCGCGGCGGGGGCGGAAGAAGAUGAUGCGCCGCCAUCCCAGCUUAUCUCCACCCGCACGGUGGUGAUCUUGCUUCCUUUAACCCUGAUCUUGAACGUUGUCUGCAUGCACUAUGUCUUCGGCGACAUCAUAUCUCCGCUGCUGUCCAGUCUGGCUACUCUUCUUGCAGUCCUCCUAUCUGUCAUGGGCGUGCGUGCGCUUGGCGAGACAGACCUCAACCCAGUGUCUGGCAUCAGUAAGCUCACGCAGUUGCUUUUCUCGCUCGCAACACCAGCAUCACACUUCUCGCGACGAACAGCGCUGGUCACGAACCUCCUUGCGGGGGCCGUCUCCGAGUCCGGCGCCUUGCAGGCCGGCGACAUGAUGCAGGACCUGAAAACGGGCCAUCUCCUGGGCGCGAGUCCUAAGGCUCAGUUUUAUGGUCAGGUGAUUGGUAGUCUGGUCGGUGCUGUGCUUUCAGCGGCCGUGUAUAAAUUGUACAUCAAUGUCUAUGAUAUUCCGGGCGAGAUGUUCCAGACGCCUACUGCAUAUGUCUGGAUCUUCACGGCGCGUCUUGUCACCGGCGAGGGUCUACCGGACAUGGCAUGGCAGGUAUCUGUCAUUGCGGGUGUGGCAUGGGUGGUGAUCACCGCCGUGCGCAUCGCGACCGCAUCUCCUGCCUUCGCUCACAACGGGCACCCUCCAGCCUGGAGAGACUGGAUCCCUGGUGGGAUUGCCGUGGCCGUCGGUAUCUUCAACGUCCCAUCAUUUACGCUCGCGAGAGCGAUAGGCGGCGUGAUCGCGUGGUGGUGGGCGCGAAAGCACUCGACCCCUACCCGCCAGCCCAGUCACAGCGACAGCGACAGCCCUGAUGGAGUCAGUUCUUCCGCGGACGCGCCUAUAGCGCUGCAGUCUGGACAGGGCGGUUCGGCUUCAGCCGAAGAGGCAGCUGAAAAGGCGGAUGCUGCCUCGUCGACUGUCGUGGUGUUGGCGUCGGGCCUCAUCCUGGGCGAGGGCAUCAUGAGUAUUGUGAACCUUCUUCUUGCAAGCGGCCACGUUCCUCACUUGUAG